AUGGUUAAGAAAUCAAAAGCUAUGCAAGAUGUACCUGAAAUUGAUAUGGAUAAUGUCGAUGAUUUCACUAGUCUGGAUCAAGCAGUAUUCGGACCCAAAGGUGAUGGUUAUUUCGAAGGAUACUUUUUACCUACAGCAUCUCCAAAUUAUCGAGAGGGAGACACUUUGGGAGCUUGGUCAGCUGAUAAUCUAUUAGUCAGCGCUGUACAUAUUCGACGGAUUACUUUGAGAUCUGACAAUAAAACAUUUCUCUGUGGUGUUGUGUCCAAUAUGGCUACUCUAGCAGAAUUCAGGAAUCAAGGUUUGUCACGACGACUUCUUACACUAGCAAUUGAGAAGAUGGAAAAAGAGGAUUUCGAUCUAUCGAUAUUGGGUACUGGACGUUCCAAUCAUUAUUUGUCAUUAGGCUGGGAACCUAUUACAGUUCGCAUAAACUACGUCAUUAAUAUACCUGAUAAGCUUUCUUCUUCCAAUUACGAAGCGCCAUGGGUAUCGGUAUCUUCUAUCACUUCCUUUGAUCAACUGCAUGAAUUCUAUUCUGUGUAUCCUCGUUCUUAUCAGUUCGAUCGAGAUUCUUCUAUAAUGUUCGAACAUUGGAUCGGUUGGCAUUGGCAAGAAGACUUAGCUUACAUCUGUGUGUUACCCAAUGAAAGAGGCUAUGCAAUCAUCAGUCAGUCGGAUGGUAAACAUGGAGAUUUGAUUCAGCAAUGUCAUUAUCAAGCUAAUCAUCAACAGUUAACAUGCGCAUUAACAAUUCUAUCGAAUGGUUCUGAUUUACGACGUUUACAUCCCAAACCAGUUCAUUAUCGUAAUGAACGACACUUUUAA